AUGGAAAUAUGUAUGACUUUGGAUGAGCAUUCCGAAAAGACUGCGAUUGAGGUUGAAUUUGCAAAGGGGGUUGAGAUUGCGACGGAGGCUGAGAUUGAGAUGGAGGUUGAGAUUGGGACGGAAUUUGCGAGGAAGGCUGAUAAUGAGAGGAAGGCCGAGAUUGUAAUUGUGAUCGAAUCUGUGAGGAAGGUUGAGAUUGGGACGGAAUUUGUGAGGAAGGUCGAGGUUGAGAAGGAGGCCGAGAUGCACGUUCAGAGUAAUAAGCAGCCUCUGCCUCUGGGUAGUAGUCAACGUCGACCAUUGUAUCACAUGUACAUAUGGUUGCGGGGUGAAGGUGGUACAGUGGGGAUUCCUGCAGGACACCCAACAAAUCCGUAAAUCGGGUGCGCAAAUACUGGAUCCAAGUUAUGUAAAUUCUUAAAAUAGCCAGCGUUCUGGUGGGGUUGUGGAUGUUAGAUGUUGAGGUGACGUUGGUCAUUACACGUGUCUCAAUUGAGUUUUCGCUUAAGCCCGUGCUUUACCCGAUACGCGCUAAGGUUUAG